AGUCAUUCCCAAGAUUCCACUUCUUUGACCCAAAGCAAAAGUGAACUCUCCAUCACAAUUUGGUAACUCAAUUUCAUUUUCAAAUGACAGAGACAAAAGCAAGUACAUACAUGUAUAUAAAUUUCCAAACACAAGAUGUAAAUUCAGGUCUAAUCAAUUAGGCGUUUGAGUAAAGAUAAGUGCAUUUUUGGUUCCAAAAUUUCACAACAAAAGCAGAGCAGCAGAAUCCACAGGUGAAAUCUCUCUAUUGGUAGACAAUUACGUCAGAUUCACGAAGGGAAAAGGAUGUCUGUUGAGAAGUAAUAAGGUUACAUACAUACCUUUAAAGCCAUUGCGGCGCCUAGGGUUUGGCCACCUAACGGAGAAAGAGAAUAAUCAUCAUUUGUGAGAGAGAUUGAGGAUGACGACGCCGAAACAGAGCUGGGAAGCGCAACAAUCGCAGCAAAUGCAGAGAGUGAAGAACUCGGGGGUGAUGAUAAGCAGCAAUGUGAAUGCGAUUGGGAGUCCGGUGAAGGAAGAUCAAGAGGAGGAGAUCUCGCGAUCGGCGUUGGCUGUGUUUAGGGCUAAGGAAGAGGAAAUCGAGAGGAAGAAGAUGGAAAUGAGGGAGAAGGUGGAAGCUCGGCUUGGAAGAGCUGAAGAAGCUACGAAGCGAUUGGCGGAGAUUCGUGAAGAACUUGAAGGAAUGACGGAUCCGAUGAGGAAGGAAGUUUCGUUCAUAAGGAAGAAGAUUGAUUUGGUGAACAAAGAGUUGAAGCCAUUGGGACUCACUUGCCAAAAGAAGGAGAGAGAAUACAAGGAAGUCCUAGAUUUAUUUAACGAGAAGAACAAAGAGAAAUCCCAAUUGGUAGCCAAACUAAUGGAGUUGGUGAAUGAGAGCGAAAAAUUGAGGAUGAAGAAACUGGAAGAGCUGAGCAAGAACAUUGACAUCCUUCAUUAAGAAAAAUGUUCUAAGUUCUAACUCAAAUUAAUCACCAACUUUGUUUGUAUUUCCACAUAUUGUUUCUCCUUGAUUCUCAUUACAUUUUUUUUCUUAAAUUUCCCAUGAGAAAGAAAAGAGAGGAAGGAGGAAAAAAAAAGGAAAUUUAACUUUGCUUGUAUUAAUAAGUUUCACAACCAUAUGAGUGUAGUGUGAUCCAUGUUUGACAAUGAUUUUCUCAUUUCAUGUUGCAAUUUCUUUUCUUUACUCAAAA